AUGAGUGCCUUCCGCAGGAAGCCCGAUCAUGGGCCGGUCCCGCCGCUCAGGGCGGCAGCGGCAAUUACGGCGCCUGGUCAGGGCACACCACCAGGCGCAGUACCCGAACCCCGGGAGAAUCAACAACCGCCACCACCUCCUCAGUACCCUCAGCCUCCCCCUCAGAAGCUUCCUCCCCCGUACCCCCACCCCCCUCAGAAGCAUCCACCCCCGCGCACCGGGAACCUCCACGUACCUCCUAUCCGCCCACCCCCGCCUACCUCCGGCGAGCUCUACCCGCAGCGGGUGUGGAGGCCGCGGCCUCCUAUUACCCCUCCGGCACGAGCACCUCUGGCCGCGAUCUCCGGUCCAGCACCUUCCCUCGCUGCGAGAAAAUCGCCGAUGAUCGCCCGGCCAGCCACUGCCCUCCCGCGAGUCGUCUCGGACGUCCCCCUCCUGAGGAGGGUUAAGAUUGUCCGCCCUCACGUCGCCACCUCCAAACAGAGGCGAAAUAUGCCUCCGCUAUAG